AUGGCGGCCCUGAUCUGGAGGAGAAUCUUGAAUAGGCGAAGGAAAAACUUGAAUAGGCGAAGGCAAAACUUCGCUACGGCCCAGACGAAGAGAACAAAUAACUGUGGGUCUUCGUUAGUGUAUAUCUUGCUGAAGCCGCGGGUGAUGAUUCCCCAGCCCAACCCGCCUGGGUGCGGAUCCACCAACUGCCGAAGGUAGACAGCUUUGACCGGUGUUCGCCUUCCAACAACACCUUCGACGAUGCCCUUCCAGAACAUCGCCGCGUUGUGGCCAUUUGCCUCGGGAUGGCUACUGUCGCCGGAGCUUGGCCAACCGGUUUCUGCGACGGAGACCGGAAGAGUGUGAUAACCUGACUUGUUCAAGACCUCGACGACGCCGCUGAGUUAUAGCGCUUGGCUAGCGGAUCCGAAGCGGAGAAGGUGUGAUUGCCUUGCGAUUGGGAAAGGGCGAAAGGCAGUGGAUAGGCGUAGGUUUUGUAGUACUCGUACACAUCCAGCUUGACGAGGAGAGGAGAGCCGCUGUGGUUGAGGAACCGAAGCAAAGGUCCAAGGAACGGCGGCGGAUCGAUCACGUCUCCAAAGCUCACCGUGACGGAAAUUGCCGAUUCAACUUUGAGCAGCCUCGUCGCUUCCUGUACCUUCUUCACCGCCUCCAUCAACACCUGAGAUUCAGCAGCUUUUGGUUCUUCUCCCACGGAGAUGGUGGAUACGGCAGCUGAGGACAAGAUCGGUCCAAGAAUCUCCACCACCGCUGCAGAAGAAUUGCCGGCUAGCUUAGCCAGCAAUUCAUUCGGCAAGCUUACCAGUACUGAGAUUCCACUCUUCUCAAACUCUUGAAGGAGGUCCGGUGUGGCGUCGUGGAGACGUAGCCUUGCUGCGCCGAAGUUGAGGUUUCGGACCAAUCACCGGCGCGCUCGGACGAAUCGGAGGGGACCAAUCACCGGCGCGCUCGGACGAAUAGGAGGCGGAAGCGGCGACGGAAAGAAGCCGUUGGAGUUGGAGUCGAAGGUGACUCCCAGCGAAGCCUGCGCCUCCUGGAACCUCCAUUGGUCGUAGCGAGUGAUGAUUGUAGACACACGGUAGGCCAGAGCGAGAACUGCAAUGGAGAGCAAGAAGUACUUCAUAGCUUUGUGGUGGUGAGGGGGGAAGAGGCAAGGAGGAGGGAAAGAUUUCUAAGAAGAGAGAAUUCUUGAAUUGAGCAUUCGUUUGGUGUGGGGGGUGGGGAAUGUUCGUUACUGGUAAGAGGCCUUUUAUAGCCACCGGCGGCAAGCCCCUGACAGCUGGAGAGGAAAGUUUCGUUGCCUUGAGGAAUGUAGCUAGGAUUUGCCAAGGCAGCAUUUACGGGAAAUCGUCUCUGAGUUCCUUCUCACAAGCAUCAUAAGUGCAACGCUUCAAUGCUAGUUUCCUUCUUCUCGGCAGGCAGAUACAUGCUCACAUACUCAUCACAGGGCCUAAAACUAAACCAGGUUUGCAAUUGCCUGUGAUUGAAUAAUGCACUGCUCACUUUAUAUUCAAAAUGUGCUAAGCUUGAUGAUGUCCUCCGACUCAUGGAAUGCGAUGUUGUCAAGCUACGUCAAUAGUGGACGCAUGAAUGAAGCUAGUGGACUCUUGAAUGAAGCUAAGGAAAUCUUCCAGGAGAUGCCAGAAAAGAACCUUCUGACAUGGGCUGUGAUGAUAGCAUAACAGCAGGGUUAGCACAGAAUGGACUUGGUGAAGAGAGUUUGAAGCUAUUCAACCAGAUGAAACUACAGGGUUUUCAACCAUGUGAUUAUGCAUUUGCUGGAGCUAUUACCUCAUGUGCUGCACUUGAAUCAUUGAAGUCUGGACUGGACGCCAGCUCCAUUCUCAACUCAUCCUGUUCGUUUUUUUAGUGUAGCCUUUCUGCGGGAAAUGCACUGAUUACCAUGUGUGGAAGAUGUGGCGUUGUAGGGGAUGCGCGGGAUCUAUUCUCACCAUGCCGUUUGUAGAUUCAGCAUGGAAUGCGAUGAUUGCUUACCUGAUCGCAUCACCUUCCUGACAGUUCUCUCUGCUUGCAGCCACGCGGGUUAGUCGGGGAAGGGCAUCGAUACUCUUACGCAAUGCACCAUCUUUUAUGGCAUUACCCCAGGCGAGGAUCAUUAUGGCCGCAUGGUUGAUUUGCUCUGCCGAGAUGGAAAGUUCUCAGAAGCAAACGAUAUGAUAGAAAAAAUGCCCUUUCAGCCCGGCCCACAGAUAUGGAAAGCUUUCCGUGCAGGUUGUCGGAAUCAUGGGAACAUGGAAUUGGGAAUCCAAGCUGCUGAACGGCUCUUUUAGAUGAUCCCUCAAAACAACGCAACCUAUAUCCUUCUGUAUAAUAUGUAUUCUGCAAAGGGGCUUUGGGAUAAUGUGCCAAAGAGUUAGGAAGCUGAUGAGAGACCAAGGGGUGGAAAAGGAGCCUGCAUGUAGCUUGGUUGAAGCUGAAAACAAGUUCCAUGUAUUCUUGGUCGAUGACACUGCACAUCCUGAAGUUAAUGCUGUCUACAGUUAUCUCAAGCAGCUUGGCUUUGAAAUGAGGAUAUCAGGUGGGAAAACAAUGGAGCAGUUGAUGUUCAUGACUUUGAUAGUUCAACCAGCAGGGAUCCAUUUUCAUGAAAGUGCUAAGUUGAUCUACACAUUGGCGUUCCUCUUCUUUCUGAUUGCAUACUUGAUUUUGCGACUUCCUGAGGUUCACUUCAUGUCGUCUUUGUUUGCUGGGUGCGCUCAUUCCUUUCUCUGCGUAGCUCUAGCAACUGCAGUUCUAGGAACAUGGACUCCAGGACUGGAGGGUGACUUCACUAGAGUUGGAUAG